ACCCACAGAAAUGAGCGUCAAGUCCCCUACACACAAAAUCCUCCAGCCUAAUGACAAAACGUCCCCUUAAUAGGAUUAAGUACCUUCUCAUCAGAUAAGUAGAACAUGGCAAAAUCCCUGACACUCCGGCAAUUAGAUCAGAACACAGCCUGACCCAUUCCUGACGCAGGGAGCAAUUUUGCAGAGGAGGUGUUUCAGUAUUAAUGAAAGAGCAUGAAGUCCUCUUGGUUAUUUAUAAUGUACGUGCUAUGGCUGAAGGGUCAUCAGUGUGCACCGACAAGGCAGGAGGAAAUGAAUCUCCGGGAAAACCUGAAGUUAUUGUCUGAAGUUGGAGAGAAGUAUGUAGAUGAAGAAGUAAAGAAAGCUUUGAUUGGUAUUAAGCAGAUGAAAAUUAUGAUGGAAAAAAAUGAAGAUAAGCACAUAGAUCUGAUGAAGACCUUGAAGAAGAGCAGUGAAGAAAAACAGCAAGCCUUGCGACUUAUGGAUGAAGUAAAGGAAAGAUUAGAAGAAGAAGAAAGACAAUGUCAAGUAUCCUUGAAAACUUCAUGGGAUGAAUGUGAAUCUUGUUUAGAAAGCAACUGCAUGAGAUUUUAUACAACUUGCAAACGUGGUUUGUCAACAUUUAGAAGAAAGGUUGAAAAUUUUUUGAGGAAAAUACCUCCACUCAUUUUUACUUUUCAUGAGGAUCAAGGAAAAGACAUCCACUUUAACGAAAAGCCUCAGAAAGAGGAUACCCAGCUAGUAAAAAUGGAAGAUUUAUUUAGCCAACUGUUAUCUGACAUGGGCUCAAUAUUUGACAGAAGUUUCAUUUUUUUCAAGCAGAUGCAAAAAGAAUUUGACCAGUCUUUUCAGGCUUAUUUCAUGUCUGAUCUGGACUUGAAUGAGUCUCCCAGCAUGGCAGCUUUACCUGAGGACACCACCAGAAACAACGGCUCACAAAAAGGCUGGGGUAUACCUGGCUUUUUACAGAUAGUUUUUGAUUUCAGUAAGACGGUGUUUGAAGGUGUCAGUGAGGUCAUUACUGAAGUAUUUGAUGAAUAUAGAAAUAAUAGAAGAGAUGUGCCGGAACAAACCAAAGAUCCUGAGCGAAGUGGCAUGUUCUCAAAAAUUGUGUCAGAGCACCGGAGGCCUCUCUGCGGGGAGCUUGAGGAGAACUCCUCUGGAUGCCCACAGUUUCACGUGAGAUGUCAGAAAUGUCAAGACAACAUUUUGCAUGAUUGCCCAAACGUUCCCGAACUGCAUAUAAAGUUUGAUGAAGCCUUUAAGCUGGUUAACCUCUCGGGGGAGCAGUAUGAGCAGAUUCUCCAGGUGGUUCAGCGUCACACAGAAGACACUUCCUACUUGUUGAACAAAAUGAAAGAAAGAUUUGGGUGGGUGUCUGAGUUAUCCAAUAUGACCAUCGGACCAGAAAACAUUUUCAAUAUAGUUAAGGUGUUACCUGGGGAUCCCUCUGGUAAAAAUGAAACCAUGGUAGAUGUGAAUAUUCUGACUUCACCUACUUUCACCAUUAAAGUUCCUCCCAACUUAGAUCCAAAGAGUGCUGAAUUCAUUGAAUACAUAGCUGGGAAAGCACUGCAACUAUAUAAGCAGAACUUUUAAGUAGAAAGAAGAUGUGUGAAAACUUUCUUCCUGAAAUCCAAAAUAUACUCCUUAGGUGAAACACCCCUAAACUCACCAUACAGCUAACUGUUAAAUUACUAUGGUUAAAAUAGUUGCAUAUAGUGAAUACUUGCUUAGUAAACAGUUGCUUAGUAAAUACUGUGACAUAUGACCUAGCAACCAAACACUGUAGAAAUCUUUUAACUCAAAACCAAAUCCAUUUUAAUAUUCAUUUAUUUAAAUAAUAUGUUAUUUAUGUUGUAAAUGAGGUAAUCUCCAGCAAACAGCUAUGGCCCUCGUUAUGCAAAGAUUUAAGGAAAUAAUCAGCUGUAAGUAUACAAAUAAUUCCCAUUUGCAUACUUAAAUUCAAGUACAUUCUUAAGCCUUUUCAAGAUUGGUCCCUACAGAUGUUGCACAUUCAGCUAAGUCUGAAUCAAGCAGAUUUCCAUAUGUAUGUAGCAUAUUAUUUUCCAAUGAAAAUGUUCCAUUUCUUCUUCCAGUUGCUUUUGAUGUUUAUCAUGUACAUUAAAUGUCUUUUCUGAAUAUGCA